AUGAAAAGGAGCCAAAGUGACGUCACCCUAUCAAAAUCACAAGAAAUGUCAUCAACAAAUCUUAGUUAUUUAGUCGAAAAUAGUUUAGAAAUAGAAGAAGAUUUACAAUCUACCAUUUCAACAUCAUCAACAUCAUCAAAUUCAUCAUCUUCAUCGAAACCAAUAUCCCAAAAUAAUAAUGUACAGCAACCUACACCAUCAUUUCCAAUACCAAAAGAUAGAAAGCAAUCAUCUGCUGCUAAUACACCAGUUUUAUCAUCAAUUUCAGAAAGAGCAAAACCAAAAAAAACAAUGUCAAUUUCAAAUUUAGAUUUAUCAGGUAAAAAAUAUGCUACAAUCAGCAGUGGGGCCAAUGUCGAUUUAUCACCAAAAAAACAAAACAAAAUUAAAUCUGUAUCAAACUUUUUCAAAAAAUCUACAAGUCACAAUAAUCUAUUAGACGUUAAUGCGCCACCAGGUGUAAAUGGGGAGGCUGGCUCUUGCGCUGAAUCACCAAGCUUAAAUUCAUCAAACUCAAGUAUAAGUUCAACAUCAAGUAGUGCCAAUCAAAAGACAUUAAAAUCUAAAAUUGACUCUUUCUUCUCUCUCAAUAAAGGCAAUAGAUCAAGUUUAAAAUAUGAAAACAGCAUCUCAACAUUAGAGUCAGAAGGUGUUGCAGAGUCUGAUGAGUCUGAUUUCGAUUCAUCUGAAGAUGAUGACUUACCUGUCCAUAAAAAGCAUUCAAAAAGAAGACAAAUCAAAUUAUUUUUAUAUACACAAAAAUCCAAAAAUAGAGAUGGUUCAAUUAGUGUUGGUGGCAGCGGCGGUGGUGAAGAAGAGUCAUCAAUGGUUCCAUUGGAUUUGACAGCUGAAUCUGCAAGUGUACCAUGCACACCAAAAGGCCCAAUCCCAUCCCCAAUCGGAGAUGGCGAAGAAAUUUGUAAUAGUAGUUCAAUUAAUUCCGAAAGAUCAACACUUACUCCAAGUAGUUUUCAUCAUCAAAAAUUGGAAAGAAAAUCAAUGUCUGAUCCAAAUAUUAUUUCUUUAGUGGAAGAAGAAACCAAUAGCACCAAUAAUAAUAGUAAUCAAGCUGAUGAAGAAGAACAGGAUGUAGAUGAUUUAAGAAAGUUUUUAGAAAGAAGAUUAAUUAGAAGACCAACAGUAGCCGAAUUAAAGUUAGAUAAUAUAUUGUUUCAAACUGAAUUUGAGGAUGUAGCAAAAGAACAAACAAAAACUGAAAUUAAAAAUCAAAAAUUAUUUGUUGGUACAAGACCAAGUAAAAAGAAAUUUUUCAAUUCCCCAAAUCCAUCAAAUAUUACAAAUAAUUCAGUAAAUGUAACAUUAAAGAUUGAAGACGACGAAGAGAGUCAUAAAAGAAUUUUAUCAAAAAAUUUAUUAGAUAACGAAGAUGAAGGUGAUAUUUGUAGAAUAUUAAUUUUACCAUGCAGCGGAUGGAGAAGAGAAGUGGAGUCAGAAGAUUAUCAAUGCAGUAUAAAUAUUAAACAAUCACUAUGUAUUGAGGAGAUCGAAAAUGAAUUUCCACAUUACUAUGAAUCAUUUUGUAAAGAUAGACAUAAAAAUUAUUUAGCUACCAACAAUGAAGAAUUGGGUCCGGUAGUGAUUAGUAUUAAAAGAGAAGCUGAAAGAACCACCUCUUACAAAAAACUAAAGAAAAAGAAAAAAGAAAAAGAAAAUGUUGCUGAAAGUUGUCCAAACUUUUCAAUAUAUAAUUACAAUAAUUUAAAUAACCCUCAAGCACAACAACAAAUUUUAGCACAACAACAACCACCACAACCAAACAGUAUAGAAUCAUAUGAAAGAAAAUUUAAAACCAUUAUUAGAACUAAAGAAGGCGAAGAUAGAUUUUUUUUAUCAUCAGGUAAAUCAUCACCACACGAAUUAAUCAAUACUAUCAAAUCCAUUUUCCUUUCAAAUUAUCCAGAGCUUCAAUUCCAAAAAAUUCCAAAUAAUUCUGAAACUAGAAAAAUGUUGCAAUAUUGGGAAACUGCUCAAAUGACUAAAGAUUAUAAAUUUGGUUUACUAUACAGAAAAAAUGGUCAAACAAAUGAAAAUAAUUUCUUUUCAAAUACAAAUGAAAGUCCUGAAUACAAAGAAUUUUUAGAAUUUAUUGGCGAAAAAGUAAAAUUAAAAGGUUGGGAAAAUUAUAAAGGCGGUUUAGAUGUUAAGAGUGACACAACAGGUUUAUAUUCAAUUUAUAAAACUAAAGAAAUUUCAAUUAAUGAAAAUAAAAAGUUUAAUGUGCAAAUAAUGUUUCAUGUUAGUACUCUAUUACCACUUUAUCCAAAUGAUGAACAACAAUUGGAAAGAAAGCGUCAUAUCGGUAAUGAUAUUGUUGUAAUUAUAUUUCAAGAUAUUAACUGUAGCCCUCCAUUCAGACCAAAUAUGAUUAAAUCUGAAUUUAAUCAUGUUUUUGUAGUAAUCCAACCAUUAGAAAAGUCGUAUCCUAAUGAAAUUACAAAGUAUUCUGUAUCAAUAACCUAUAAAGAGGGUGUAUCAAGCUCAACCCCAUUUUUCCACUCUCAAAAAAUUUGGAAAAAAGAUAAUGUAUUUUUAGAUCACUUGUUAACCAAACUUAUCAAUGCCGAAAAAGCCUCCUAUUAUUCACCCGCUUUUUCAGAUAAAAUGAAAAGAACAAGAUUAACACUUUUAAAAAAUAUUGUAAAUACUUUUCAACAAUCAAAAUAA